CCUGCAGGAGACGCUGAACUGACCAUCACAUGAAAAGCAAAUUGUGAUUUUUCAUAUUUACAUACCGGACAAAAUGAAGCACGGCCGUAAUAUGGAGCUUCCAGAGGAUUUUUGGAUCCCCAUCCCUCUGGAUACAGACAACAUCACAUCUCUCAGCCCCUUCCUGAUCCCCCAGGACCAUCUAGCAAGCUCAGGCACCUACUAUGCCAUGGCAGGUUUCAUGUUUUUUGUAUUUACUAUCGGCACUUCCAUCAAUGUGCUUACAAUUGCAUGCACCGCCCAAUACAAGAAGCUCCGGUCCCACCUCAACUUCAUCUUGGUGAACCUGGCCGUGGCAAACCUUCUUGUGUCCUGCGUGGGCUCCUUCACCGCCUGCUGCUCCUUUGCAUCCAGAUAUUUCAUCUUUGGACCGCUGGCAUGCAAGAUUGAAGGCUUUAUGGCUACACUUGGUGGUAUGGUGAGCUUGUGGUCUCUAGCUGUGAUAGCUUUUGAAAGAUGGCUGGUCAUCUGCAAGCCACUUGGUAACUUUGUCUUCAAGCCUGACCAUGCUAUAGCCUGCUGUGUGUUCACCUGGGUGUUUGCACUGAUUGCAUCAGCUCCUCCACUGUUUGGAUGGAGUAGGUACAUCCCAGAAGGCCUGCAGUGCUCCUGUGGUCCAGACUGGUACACCACCAACAACAAAUACAACAAUGAAUCCUACGUGAUGUUCCUUUUCUGCUUCUGCUUUGCUGUUCCCUUCGCCACCAUUGUCUUCUGCUACGCUCAGCUCCUCAUUACGCUGAAAAUGGCAGCAAAGGCCCAAGCCGAAUCUGCCUCCACCCAGAAAGCAGAGAGGGAGGUGACCAGGAUGGUGGUUGUCAUGGUGAUGGGCUUCCUGGUGUGCUGGUUGCCUUACACCUCCUUUGCUCUUUGGGUUGUGAAUAACCGCGGGCAGCCUUUCGACCUGAGAUUUGCUUCCAUACCGUCCAUCUUUUCUAAGUCCUCUGCAGUCUACAACCCAGUUAUCUAUGUGCUCCUCAAUAAGCAGUUCCGUUCAUGCAUGAUGAAGAUGCUGGGGAUGGGUGGAGGUGAGGAUGAAGAGUCAUCGACGCAGUCAGUGACUGAAGUCUCCAAGGUUGGACCUGCUUAGAAUGCACGUCAAGACAGUCGACUUCUCUGCCGCCAAUGAUAUGUGAAAUGUAAAUAACAGUAAAUAUAUAUGUGUUUUGUCAUAUGAAAAAAAAAUACAUGCAAUGUUGCAAACCAAAUAAUAAAGAAAUCCUAAAUA